CGCGGUCUUGUUGACGGUGUACCGACUGACCAUGUCAGGACAACGCAUGGCUGGACAACGUGUUUCCACUACGUCCUUAUACCUUCGAUGGAGCUGGAAGUGUGAUUUAAAGAGUCCUUGGCAGUGAAGGAUUUUUGAGUAUCUUCUUCAAGAUUUAGUGUGACACAAUGACCGAUCUGACAGAGAGAGUUAAUGUCUUUAUCUCCGAUCUUAAGAAGGGGAAAGUGAAGGGGUCGUAUGAUGUUGCUCAUCAGACUCUAUCGUUAUUACGACGAGUGAUCGCUCAGACACGUUGGGCUAGCGCCGGUGAAUUAAUGAAUCGUAUUAAACAAGAAGGAUUACGUAUGAUGGAUGCCCAGCCAUCAGAGUCUGCAGUCGGAAACAUGGUCAGGAGAGUUAUUAAGAUCAUCAGGGAAGAAUUUGCUGCAAUCAUUAAAGGCCAAAGUGUAGACUCGGGAGACCAGCAGCAAUCACUUCAUAAAAUGCUAGUAGCUGAAGGUCAGGCUGAUGAUUUCAGUAUGCCAAGCCCACAUCUCAAGGUUCGAGUUAUUGAAAGCAUCAAUGAGUUGUUUACUGAGCUGGAGAGUAGUGCUGAUAACAUUGCAAUGCAAGCAUUAGAACACAUCCAUUCUAAUGAAGUUAUAAUGACUAUGGGUAAAUCACGCACAGUACAAGCAUUCUUACUGAACGCUGCCAGAAAGCGUAAAUUUCAUGUAAUAGUUGCAGAGGCAGCCCCUGCUUAUCAGGGCCAAGAGCUAGCAGCGAGACUAGCUGAAGAGAAGAUUCAGACGACAGUCAUAACGGAUUCUGCAGUAUUUGCUGUUAUGUCUAGAGUUAAUAAAGUCAUUAUAGGAACACAUACAGUCAUGGCUAACGGAGGAUUAAAAGCAGUGAGUGGGAGUUAUGCACUAGCACUAGCAGCAAAACAUCACUCAGUGCCUCUGAUUGUAUGUGCUCCAAUGUAUAAACUAUCACCUCAGCAUAUGUGUUCAUUUGAUCAGGAUGGUUUCAAUAAAUUUGAGUCUCCUCAAGACGUGAUGAGAUUUGCUGAAGGUGACGUUCUCUCCAAGGUGCAAAUCCAUAAUCCAGUAUUUGAUUAUGUCCCACCAGAAUUAGUCACGCUCUAUUUAUCCAACAUAGGCGGUAAUGCACCAUCAUAUGUGUACAGAUUACUGAGUGAGUUAUACCACCCUGAUGAUCAUCAUCUAGUCCGUAAAUAGCACAAUACAGCGCCCUCUACAGUUCAUGGAAUACCAUCAUGAUGAUCAUCAUCUAGUCCGUAUAUAGCACAACCAGACUCGCCUAGUGGUAGAAAUCACUACAAACUGAGGGUGAUUAAAGGUGAAUACGAGGAAUUCACCAUACAGCGCCCUUUACAGUUUACCAUGGAGAGGCAAUUUUUUGCUGAAAGUAGUCAAUGAAAAUAACAGCCUCUCCACACAGCAGAGUAUUGGCAGUUGGGGUCCUAUUGUGAAAAACAUUCAUUGGCUUCACUUAGACAUGUCAUAAAAACAGAAGAAGGCUACAUUGCUCUGCAGUUUAAUGUUUUAAUUUGCCCCUUAUUGUAUACAAACCAUGAACAAACAUUGAGUGCGAUUGUUUAGCUUCCCUGGGUCAACCCCGGUCUGCCCCCGGUGCGUUCUAAUAGCUUUGACGUCAUUUCAGGGGCUCA